AGUUUGCCCUGUUCCACUCUUAUGCUAAGCAGACAAGCUGACGCGCCAUCCCAUUGGCUGCGAGUCUCAGUCAAUUUCCCAUUUGAAAGCUGACGUCGGGUCCAAUAUAAAAGAAGCGAAGCUUUUAAACAGAGAGCUGACGGUUCCCGUCCUCCAGCUAAAAUCUCAACACGCGUUGGGUUUGGCUCUUUUUAACCCAGCAAACUAUUGCAAUCGCUUAUUAUCUGCCUCCUCUCUCUCCACCUUUCAUCCUUUCCGUUCUCUGCCUCUCGCUCGCCCCUUUUUUUUCCUACUCAACCAUUGUAAACCGACAGCAGCCAAGAUGAAGCAGUGAGUGAGAGAGAGGGAGGGAGAGAGAGAGAGAACCAACAUUCAGACUCGCUCUCCAGAUUCCAUGAAGCUAAGACUUAAGAGAGAGAGAGAGAAAUCGUAUUCUACCGAUGCAUCUGUACUAUAACAGAUCGGAGCCGGAACGAGCAUAAAAAAAUAUACUUAACAAAAAAAAAAGCUGAAGUGUGCAAGACUUCCAAAUCCUAGUUUAAAAAAAAACAAGCAACCAAGAACAAAAUAACAAAGAAAUCAAGCUGGCUCUCUCUCCUUCAGCUCAGAGCAGUCUCAUCGCGGCGAUCGCAGGCGUUUGCCCCGGCGUUUGGAGGUCUGGCCGUCCAAAUACCAUCUGCAGUAAAAGGAUGGCAUCCGAAUUGGCAAUCAACAGCGCCGACCUACCCAACAGUCCCCUUGCGAUGGAAUAUGUUAAUGACUUCGAUCUGAUGAAAUUCGAAGUCAAAAAGGAGCCGCUGGAGUCCGAAGGCAACCCGGGCAAUCACUGCAACCGCAUCGGGGGCUCGUUAUCUUCCACUCCGAUGAGUACCCCGUGUAGUUCGGUGCCUCCGUCUCCCAGUUUCAGCGCUCCAAGCCCCGGGGAGCAGAAGGCGGCGCACCUGGAAGACUUUUACUGGAUGACGAACUACCAGCAGCUAAACCCGGACGCUCUGAGCUUCACGCCGGAGGAUGCGGUGGAGGCCCUGAUUAACAGCGCUCAUCAGCAGAUGCAAGGAGGCUUCGAUGGCUACCGGGGCCAGCAGCAGCAGCAGUAUGCAGCGGCUGGGGCCGGCGCCGGGGCUGGCGCGGGCAUGGCUGGCGAGCAGAUGGGUCCGCCCGGAACGGUGGUGGGUCACCACCAGCAUCAACACCACCAUCACCACCACCACCAGGGGCACCAACACCCAGGGGGAGGAGUGGCCGCCGUUGGCACGGCCGGCACCGGGAGCACCGGCCCCGCCGCCGGCGGCAUUCACCAGCACCCGCACCUGCGGAACAACGAGCGCUUCUCCGACGAUCAGUUGGUCACCAUGUCGGUGAGGGAGCUGAACCGGCAGCUCCGAGGUGUCAGCAAGGAGGAGGUAAUCCGGCUGAAGCAGAAACGCCGGACCUUGAAGAACCGGGGCUACGCGCAGUCGUGCCGUUUCAAGCGAGUGCAGCAGCGGCACAUGUUGGAGAGCGAGAAGACACAGCUACAGCAGCAGGUCGAACACUUAAAACAGGAGAUAACCAGACUGGUGCGAGAGAGGGACGCCUACAAGGAGAAGUACGAAAAACUUGUGUCCAGCGGCUUCAGAGAAACGGGAUCGUCUAGCGAUAACCCUUCCUCCCCGGAGUUCUUCAUGCUCAACACAGCAAAUGAUGUCAAUGCAGCAGCAAAGAAUGGACAAUACAACCUGAAAGAGGCUAAACAAAUGCUCAGCUACAGAAAACAUGAUGCUGGAAUGCUGAUUGCUUAGAUCGGAACUUUCCCUGCGGCCCAGAGACCGCCAUAAAGCACAAAACCUCAGACAGAAAGAAUAAGCAACGAGAAAGACAACCAUCGCAGCAACGUUCUCAAG